AGGGCCAGACAGAAAGAGAGAAAAAGAGAGAGAGAGUGAAAGAAGAGAGAGAAUGAGCAUGAGAUUAAUGCUCUGAAGGCUGGAACCAGCCCUUCAGCUCUUCUUCCCACUACCACACUCUUCUUAGUCAAUAUAUCUUCAACAGUAUUCUUCAAAAGAAGAAUCGCUCUGUUGGAAAGUGUUCCAGGUGUUUAGGCUAAACCAUGUGCAUUAUGUGAAUCUGAUCAAUUCUUCUUCUUCCCCAGACUGGACUGGAAUGAUUGAUUGUCACCACGAGAUUCAAAUAAGAUACUGUGGCCUACUGGCAGAACAAGAUUGUUGUCGAAUCACGGAGGAUUUCUUUCUAGGCACACCAUCAUGUCUACAGACUCUCCCAGCUCCACAUUUACCCCCAGUGCCAACAGGUUCCUGACAAUGACACCAGCCCCUCAGACCUCCUCCCUACGCACCUCUGAUCCUCCAGGGUCCUCCUUCCAGCAGAUGGCGCACUCACUGUGUGAGGAGAGCAGUUCUGUGUCAUUUACCACUGCUCAGCGUGAGAGAGAGAGUGCCACCUACAGACAGAGAAAUGCCGUUGCAGAGAGCUGCAGGAGACACAGCGUUGAUGGAGCCAUGGUGGGACAGAGUCAAAGGUCAAACUUAGGGUCAGGAACGGCUGACCGCUUCCACCCCUACCGACAUCAGUUCAGCGAUGAUGGGGUUGGCACCGGUUGCCUGGCCCCUGGUGCCCCUGGGUCUCGUACCUUCGUCUGUCUCAGAGAGGUAGAGGCUCUAGAUAGCUUCGCUGCCACACGCACAUCUACCAGUGAGGAACAGACAUCCUGGGAUCCAUACAACGGGAGUUUCCAGGCUUCCAGACUGAUGCAGGGCUCCCAGCGCUCUUACACAGAACCACAGGAUGCACCUGAGGAACCUUCCUGCUUCCUGUCCCAAGGCCACGCCUCCUACAGCCCCCUAGCCCCGCUACCGCAGUUCUCACCAGGUAUGUAUUCUACCAGUGGACAAUCCAAAAGUUCUCAGUACUCUCUCCAGUGCCUCUCCACUCCAACCCAUCAGGACAGUAGCAUGCAGUCCCUCUUCCCCAAGCCCAUCUACUCAUACAGCAUCCUGAUCUUCAUGGCUCUGAGGAACAGUAAAACAGGGAGUCUCCCGGUUAGUGAGAUCUACAGGUUCAUGACUGAACACUUCCCCUACUUCAAGACGGCUCCAGAUGGAUGGAAGAACUCGGUCCGCCACAACCUGUCUCUGAAUAAGUGCUUUGAGAAGGUGGAGAAUAAGAUUGGCAACUCUUCCCGUAAGGGCUGCCUGUGGGCCCUCAACCCAGCCAAGAUAGAGAAGAUGCAGGAGGAGCUACACAAGUGGCGCCGCAAAGACCCCCUCACUGUCCGCAAGAGCAUGGCCAGGCCAGAGGACCUGGAUCGCCUGUUGGGGGAAAGACCAGAGAAGCUGAAAUCUUUACCUUCUUACCACAACCAGAUCCCUCCCUUCCUCCUUCACAUCCCAUCCUCCAGAGCCCUGUCAUCCUCUUCGACGUCCCCUCUACCCCACGUCCCCCCUCCCUCCCUGACAGUCCAACAGCACCCCCGUUACCUGCCCCCCACCACCCCCCAACCCUUCUCCUUCUACUCCCCCUGCAGACAGCAGCCUCUAUCGGGAAUCCCCCCCAAUGUGGGUACCCUGGGUUCCCCUCUGGCGGGGCAGACACCCGCCACCUGUAGCGCCACCAUACAGGCAGAGUAUGAUGUUGGGCCCAGGAGCAUACAAGAGCUACAGCUAGAUGAAGAUGCUAGUAAUGAUAUCGACACGCUCAACCCCAGCUUGACUGACCUGCAGCUCCAUGGUUACUUGUGGGACGAGCUGAGAGAGGACAGCCUGGCUCCUGAUUCGCUGGUGCUAAUCAGUCCCUCCCUGUCCCCCUCCUCUUCCCAGCCAACACACCUCCUCCUGGGGUCCAGUCUGAGGAGCACCGGUCCUGUCAACCAGACAUCAGAGUGGAUCUCCGACGGGCUGGGGAAGGAAGAUGAGGAGGAGAUGGGAGGAGGAUGUGGAGGUCCAUCAGACCUCCAUAUUAAUGGACAGUACCACACAGCCUACCCAGGUGUGGAGAGCUUGGCUAGUUACCUCACUUCUAUGGGGAACACCCCCAUACCUUUGCUUUGAAGCCCAGGAAUAGGGCUCCCUUCGUGGAAUAGCUCACAAAGACCUUCCCCCUGGACCUCAAGACUGUGGUUGUGAAGGUCAAGACUUAUCACAAAGGGCUCAGUUUGAAGGUGAAUGUAGCAAUGAUCACAAUCAAAUGUCAUAUUUUGCUUUGCUUUAAACAUGCAGAGCACGUUGACUCAAUUUGUCGACAAUGAGUCUGAAGAGAAUGGGGGAGCCUGGGUUCAGAUUUUAUCAUAACCGUGUUAACAAUAUGUUUUUAUUCAUAACAAUGACUUUGGCUGGGUCAAAGUCAAGACUUGACGAAUGAGAAUGAAUGUAUCCAAAAGCUCAUGACACACCUGACUGUUCAGUGUUUAGGAGUAGAGUGCAGCAUGAUCUAACUCCACACUAGAUGGCAACAGAGAGCUGUAGUUACUGGGAACUUUAAAGUUGUAGACAGAAAUACAGCACUGAUGACAUUUUUUCCGUAUUCUACACUACAGAGAAUCAUAUUCAUGUUCUACACAAUACAUUUCUAUGUUGAGCAUUCUGUGAAGUCCCAUUCUCCUGAAUAAGCCCCCUGGUGUGAUAUGUUCCCACUAUUGCAAUUAGCAUUUUAUACAGCUUAUGGUGACAGGAGAUGAUUCAAGCCAGUUGUUUUUUAGCUCAAAGCUAAUGAAUACAAUUACAAAAUGUGUCUCAGCAUAAUUUCUUAUACGAUACAGGGAACAUACUCCCUGUUUACUCAAUUCAUUUUGCUUUCUAGAAAUAGUUUUCAAAGCUUUAUAGCUAAAUUACCAUUGAGGAUGGAAGUCUAUCAAGGCAGAGCCAGACGACUGUUCUCAGGCCUUUAUCUGGUUCCUGCAGGCACUAUCUCAUAAUAAAAAUGACAUCACCUUAGCAGACACAUUUUUCGAGAGUGUAUUUUAGUCAAAGCAUGUGUGAAAAGACCCUUUUUCUUGGAUGACUUGACUGAGUAUAUAGUAAACUGUUUUUGAUUUAUAGCGCUUGAAUUCAUUCAUUAAAUUAUAUUCUAGUCUA